UACCACUGCACUGUCAUUCACUACAUACUUUAGUCUGAGACUUCCAUCAUUGACGUUGUUUGUGGUGAUGAGGGGCACAAGUGACGUUCUGGCCCAACCCAUCGGUUUCUAGACCAAUCAGACGGCCCCGAAUAUGUUAGUAUUCGGUGAAGGGUCAGGGAGGUACUCCGCUCAAGACUCAUUGCAGAGAAGAAACAAACGUCCGUAACACUUGGUUGCCAGGAGACGGAGGACACAGAAGGAUGCACAUUUUUGUUUUUGCCCUGUAGGUUUGAUGAUUAGUUGAUAAGUUGAACCAAGUGUGUUCGUGGAAGGACAAAAAGAAUAAUGUCCACUAAGGUCUGGACGCUCCUCUCCAGCAGUACCCCUUCAAAGAGUGGAGGGUGACGGGGUUGGACCUGCUGCAGCUCUCCUCCCAGGACCUGGAGCAUCUGGGCGUUCACAAGAUCAGCCACCAGGAGCUCAUCCUGGAGGCUGUGGAGAAGCUCUGCUCCCUGACAUACGGUAUGGGAGGGGAGACCCUGCGCAGUCUGACAGAGAACCUGUGCGUGGUGGCCCACUCGCUGAUCAUGGGCAUCCAGAUCCGCUGGAGGGUAAACACCUAUGAUGGGCAGAGCGCCACCAAGCUGCCAGCCAGUGUACUGCAGGUGGUGCUGGAGCUCAUCACCUCCGCAAAGGGCCUCUUCUCCCUGCUCAACAGGUACCAGUUUGCCCAGCUGAGUGGUUACACGUCCAGUAGGAACAUCAUCACCUACUGUAAAGACCUGGGGACCGCAGUACACAAGGAUUCCACAGUUUACGAGAAAGAAAAAGACAUCAUCUCCAUCUGUCGUCAGUUGGUGGCGGUGUGUGAUGAGAUUCUGUACUGCAGUCCAGAGGUGCUCCUUACCCACACUGCCCAGCUGGAGAGGGUUGACCUGGUGCCUGUCUUCGACGGCGAUCACCUGUCACCCUCGGACGUCUGUGACAAGAUAUUAGCUGGGGACGAGGUGAUCCAAGUCGAUGACCAAAUAGUGGUUGGCUGGAGCAGGAAUAACCUGUUGAAGAAACUACAGGAGAACCCCAGUGGGGUGACCCUGGUCCUCAAGAAGAUCCCCGUGUCCCUGAAUCACAAAGACACACCCCAACAGCCCCCCUGCCCAAAGGAAGAAGAAGAAGAGGGGGAAGAGGGCAAUCAGAGAUUCUCCGUAUUGGAGAGAGUAGCAGCCUCGGUUAGGUCCCUUUCAUUCAGGGCAGCGGUUCAGGGGCAAGUGGUGAGCCAGCACAUGGGCCAGGAGGAGUCGGAGCUGUCCAAUGACAGGGGAUUGGACAGCAGCCAGACGUACACCUCACACCCCCACCACCAGGGGGAGCUCUCAUACCUGUCUGCAGGAGAGACCAAUAGCUUGAAGGGGUCCAGGUUCAGCACCAGGCCCAGGGGAGAGGGCUCUGCGCCCCCCAGUAGUCCGUCCCCCCGGGUACUAGAGCUAGCCAGAGCUAGCGUCAGUUCCUGCCCUGAGAUGGGCGGACACGGGGAGGAUAAAGAACCAAAAAAUAUGUGUACAAAAGGUAAGAAUAAAGCGACGAGCAGGCGCCGUGUGUCGUGUCGUGAUCUGGUUCAGCCCGACUGUGAUGGCUGGCUGUGGAAGAAGAGGAAGGAGAGCAGCGUGUUCAUGACCCAGAAAUGGCAGCGCUUCUGGUUCGUCCUCAAGGGCCCCACUCUCUACUGGUAUACCAGCCAGCAGGAGGAGAAAGCAGAGGGCCUGGUUCAUAUCUCCAGCUACAACAUAGAGAGCGCAGGAGAACACAAGAGGAAGUAUGUCUUCCAAAUGUGCCACCAGCGCUUCCAGACUUUCUUCUUUGCCGCCGAGAAUGUCAAUGACAUGACCAAGUGGAUCAACUGUCUGAUCACAGCCAUACAGAAACACAAGAAGUUCCACAAAGGACCACCGGACAACGAAGAGGAGUGCUACAGUGAGACGGAGUCAGAAGAUGAGGGGUCUUCUCCUUCACCACGCAGAAACAAGAUCUACACGAAAACUCUGUCCAACACACUGCCUCGGGCCAGGAAAGAGAAGGAGAAGGAGAAGGAGGAGAAAGAGAAAGAGAAGAAGAACAAGGUUCAGGUUCCCGCUCCACCCACAGGGCUCAGCAGAAGCCCAGGAGCCCCAGAGGAUGAGAUGGACGUGCUGUUCCACGGACUGAAGGAGGGCGGCGUGUCCCUGAUCGGCAGCAAGCAGCCACAGACCCAAGACCACUUCCGAAAGUCCUUCAUCCGGCGCAACAAGAACCCGGUCAUCAAUGAGAAGGCCCACACGCUCCGCGCGCUGCAGAGCACACUCAAGGAUAAAGAGGCAGAGCUCCAACUCAUCAACAAGGUGCUGGAGGACUCUGAGCUGACGUCCCAGAAGUACCGCCAGUGGAAAGAACAUAACAAAGACUUACACCUGGAGAUCGAGAAACUGGCUGUCCAAUGGGCUAAUGACAAGACAAAGGACACGCCCCCUGGAGCGUCUUCUGGGGCAAUGGUGGAGGUGGUUGCCUUGGAAACAGAGGCCGCGUGUGGACUGAGCCUUGGCGACGGGGAGAUGCUGGUAGACGCGGAGCCAUCGUUGUCAAGUACGAUGAAGACAGCAGGAGACUCUGAUGUAGAGCCACAGUCCGAGCAGUCAGUGACUGCAGAGAGCAGCACAGACGACUUAGCUACUAGUCCUGCUAGCCGAGAGAAUUACUUCUACAUAUGAGCCACUGAACUGAUCUGAUGGUGGUUUCCCUACUUACCAUCAGAUAUGUAUGGUUAGUGCAUGGAGUUUUCAUCAACCAUAUGACCUAACCAGGGAAAACUCAUAGCUGUAGUUAUUGCUGUGGUUCAUGACUCUAGUUAUCACUGUGAUUCAUGACUCUAGUUAUCGCUGUGAUUCAUGACUCUAGUUAUCGCUGUGAUUCAUGACUCUAGUUAUCGCUGUGAUUCAUGACUCUAGUUAUCGCUGUGAUUCAUGACUCUAGUUAUCGCUGUGAUUCAUGACUCUAGUUAUCGCUGUGAUUCAUGACUCUAGUUAUCGCUGUGAUUCAUGACUCUAGUUAUCGCUGUGAUUCAUGACUCUAGUUAUCGCUGUGAUUCAUGACUCUAGUUAUCGCUGUGAUUCAUGACUCUAGUUAUCGCUGUGAUUCAUGACUCUAGUUAUCGCCGUGAUUCAUGACUCUAGUUAUCGCCGUGAUUCAUGACUCUAGUUAUCGCUGUGAUUCAUGACUCUAGUUAUCGCUGUGAUUCAUGACUCUAGUUAUCGCUGUGAUUCAUGACUCUAGUUAUCGCUGUGAUUCAUGACUCUAGUUAUCGCCGUGAUUCAUGACUCUAGUUAUCGCCGUGAUUCAUGACUCUAGUUAUCGCUGUGAUUCAUGACUCUAGUUAUCGCUGUGAUUCAUGACUCUAGUUAUCGCUGUGAUUCAUGACUCUAGUUAUCGCUGUGAUUCAUGACUGUAGAUAUCUCUGUGAUUCAUGACUCUAGUUAUCGCUGUGAUUCAUGACUAGUUAUCGCUGUGAUUCAUGACUAGUUAUCGCUGUGAUUCAUGACUGUAGAUAUCGCUGUGAUUCAUGACUCUAGUUAUCGCUGUGAUUCAUGACUCUAGUUAUCGCUGUGAUUCAUGACUCUAGAUAUCGCUGUGAUUUCUUAUGGCGUUUUUCCUGGUCAGGUAAUGUGGUCAGGAUAAACACUGGGCCCUCAGGGGUUUUGUUUUAAAUAGUUUUUGAUUUGUUGAUGUAGGAAAGACAGGUGUUGUCUUUCCAAGCCAAUUGUAUCACGCCAAACUUUCAGAAUUCAAGUUACAGUGUUCAUAUGAAAAAAAAAACUAUUUUUUCAAGUGUCCCUCUGUGUUGAUAGAUAUAUACUGUAGUCAUGGGGGAUGUUAUGGACUGUCUUUUCUACUGUUACAUAUCUUUGGCUAAGAUUUUUAAAGGAGAUUUCAAGGUAAAUUAUAUCUGUGUUGUAUGCCUCUUAUGUACAUAGAAUGUUAAAUGUCACGUAAACAAAAUGUAUUGUACUUUUUUAAACGUAGAUUGUAUAUAUUUUUGCACAGAAUAAGUUCCGAUCUUGCCUGAUGGACAACAUUAUGACAUAGCUAUUAUGGAUCAAAGACAAUCAUUGUUUAUUUUAACCUGAUAAGGUUACGUGUAAGACUGUUCCCAGACCUGUGUGUGUGUGUGUGUGUGUGUGUGUGUGUGUGUGUGUGUGUGUGUGUGUGUGUGUGUGUGUGUGUGUGUGUGUGUGUGUGUGUGUGUGUGUGUGUGUGUGUGUGCGUGAGCGAAAGCUUAGUUUUCCCAAUGCAUCUUGGAAUAUAUUGAUUCCAUAUAUUCUGAGCAGUAAGGAUCCUCACUGGUGGCUGAGCCUGUGUCAAAUGCAGUAAAGAACAAGUGAUGAGCACAAUCAUUUGCAAACAGUUUGUCAUUCAAGAAGCCAUUGUCCUAACUGAUGGUCAGGUGAAUGGCAUAAAAUGGCAAUAACAUUUCUUCAAAUUUCUAUUGAGAUUUAUCAUGGUAGAAAAUGGGACUUUUGUUUUGCGUUCACGGCUGAAAUAAGUUAUGAUAAAAGUGUUGACAAGGUUUUGGUAGCACAAUUUUACAGUACUGUCUGUCCUUGAUAAAUACUAUUGACCUCUGCUGGAAUUAGCAUGAUAACAGUGGGAACCCUCCUGUAGCGUAGCAUGCAGCCCCCACAAGGCGGGGUGGGGGGGAGGAGGUCGGGCCUCCCAGAUAGCAUAUGAACACGUCAUAAGCCAUGAAAUAUUACUUUGUGAAAUUACAGAAAAUUACAUACAUGGUCAUUCCAAAAUCAUGGGCAUCAAUAUGGAGUUGGUCCCCCACUUUUGCUGUUAUAACAGCCUACACUGUUGGGAAUGCUUUCCACUAGAUGUUGGAACAUUGCUGCUUCCAUUCAGCCACAAGCGCAUUAGUGAGGUCGGGCCACUGAUGUUGGGUGAUUUAGGCCUGGCUCGCAGUCAGUGUUCCAAUUCAUCCCAAAGGUAUUCGAUGGGGUUGAGGUCAGGGCUCUGUGCAGCUCAGUAAAGUUCUUCCACACCGAAUCUCGACAAACCAUUUCUGUAUGGACCUCGCUUUGUGCACGGGGACAUUGUCAUGCUGAAACAGGAACGGGCCUUCCCCAAACUGUUGGCACAAAGCUGGAAGCACAGAGUAGUCUAGAAUUUCAUUGUAUGCUGUAGCGUUAAGAUUUCCCUUCACUGGAACUAAGGGGCCUAGGCUGAACCAAGAAAAACAGCCUCAGACCAUUAUUCCUCCUCCACCAAACUUUACAGUUGGCACUAUGCAUUCGGUAGCGUUCCCCUGGCAUCCGCCAAAUCCAGAUUUGUCUGUCUGACUGCCAGAUGUUGAAGCGUGAUUCAUCACUCCAUGUUUCCACUGCUCCAGAGUCCAAUGGCGGCGCUCUUUACACCACUCCAGCCGACGCUUGGCAUUGCACUUGGUGAUCUUAAGCUUGUGUGCGGCUGCUUGGCCAUGGAAACCCAUUUCAUGAAUCCUCCGGCCAACAGUUCUUGUACUGACGUUGUUUGGAACUUGUAGUGAAUGUUGCAACCGAGGACAGCUUCAGCACUUGACGCUCCCAUUCUGUGAGCUUGUGUUGCUUACCACUUCGCGGCUGAGCCGUUGUUGCUCCAAGACAUUUCCACUUCAAAAUAACAGCACUUACGGGUUGACUGGGGCAACUCUAGCAGGGCAGAUAUUUGACAACCUGACUAGUUGGAAAUAUGGUAUCCUAUGACGAUACCAUGUUGAAAGUCACUGAGCGCUUCAGUAAGGCCAUUCCACUGCCAAUGUUAUCCUAUGGAGAUUGCAUGGCUGUGUGUUCAAUUUUAUACGACUAUUCAGCAACAGGUCUGGCUGAAAUAGACAAAUCCACUAAUUUAUCCAUACUUUUAAUUUAUCCAUACUUUUGGCCAUGUAGUGUAGCUUUAAAACUGCAAAAUCUCCUCUCAGCCAUGGAAUUAGGAAUUAGAUUAGUACUUAGCGAGAUUUAUAUACUUCCUAAGUAAUUUAACAGGAUCACUAUGUAUAAAAUGUUUAGCUCUGCCUCAUGUCAUGUUUUUGCUCGUACCUUGUGAGGGCCCCGAGAAACUGCGCUACACCACUGGGACAGCAUAGUUCUACUGGUAUCUAAUGCUGCCUACGUGUUUUUGUAAUGAACAUCAAAGAAACAAACAAGCAAAUAGGUUAUUGCGGUUUUCCGUCGUGUCAUUUCUGUGCCGUAACACAAAGUUCUUCUGGAGUUUUAUGUCACUGACAAAUUUGAAUGUUGUUUUCCAAGACGCUUGUUGUCAUGUUUACCUCGCCGACAAAAACAACAACUCGCCAAUGUCAUUUGGCAGGACUGGUGCCCGUGUGUGUCUUUUCACGGUCUGUGGUGUGUGAAUUUUGAAGAGGAAUGUGUUGUUUAUUAUUGGCACUACUUCCUGUUUGUGUGAAUUGGCUAAAAGGCUCUUUUGUGCAGGUCCAAGAAAACUAGCAUAAAGACAAAAGUGGCAGCGCAUAUCUUUACAGAUCCAUCUAGUCUCUAAAGACACUUCAGCACCUUUCAGUCAUAAAUUACCUGUUUGUCUGUCAGUUUCAAAACAACAGGAUGUUUGUUCGGGGCUCAAUUGACUACAAUAUACCACAUGCAGCCUGUUGAAAGGUACUGUCGCCUGUAAUUUGCUUUCUUUAUCGUUGGUUCUUGUGCUAUCUUAGAUCCUUAUAGAGCUAGCCAGCUUGCUGUCAUAAAUGCCAGAAAUUAGUUACCUCAGGUUCGUUCAGCCAUUCCUAUGGGGGAAAUGAUUGGGGAAAGAAUAGGGGUUUGGGAUAGACUUUAUUUUCAGGGUUUAAGGUUAAGACAGGCUGAGAAGAUAUUUUGUGUACUUGUUUUGAUUACAUAAAUGCUUCAUAUGA